AUGCCUCGCGAGGGCAAAAAAAGGGGGAGGAGGCAGCAGGAAAAGGAGGGCAAACGAUCCGCAAAACGCCUCAAAAUCGGCCACGCCCGUGAUGAAGAGAUCCCAAGUGAAGUUGUGGUGGAGGGCGACGCUGGAGAUGACUUCAUCGGCUUCGACGUUCAGAGACCGCCUGGGAUUCAGGAGCCAACAGAAGAACCACAGUUUCAUGGGCUCUUAACUCCCGAUGAACAAGAAUACUACGCAAACGUCAACGCCAAAAUCGUCGCAAAUGAUUUCGAUUCCCCCGAAGACCGUGCAAUCUUCAUCGAGGCAGUGCACCGCGAAACUGAAGGCAAGGAAAUGAAGGUUGCAUCUAGCCAAUCUUGCUCUCGAUAUCUAGAGAAGAUCAUCAUGUUGUCCACUCCUGAACAGAUGCGGCAUCUUUUCAGCAAGUUCCUCGGAAAUCUCACCUACCUUGUGCGACAUCGGUUUGGAAGUCAUUGCUGUGAGACACUGUUUCUACAAGCAGCGAAACACGUGGAAAGGGGGCCUCGGACAGAGGACACGGCCGGUACUGGAUUGCCAUCCCUGGAGCCUCUCUUCCUACAUGCCGCAGAAGAGCUUGAGCCAAACAUGGGUUUUCUCCUCACUGACAGAUUCGCUUCCCACACCAUCCGCGUCUUGUUCCUCAUCCUGUCGGGCCUGCCGUUAGACGAUGAUUCGGUCCAGGCGAUGGUCGCGAGCCGAAAGAAGGAAAAGCUCAAAUCGCCCAUUGAGAAAGAGACCGAGACAUCUGAGAGCAAACGGAUUGUGCCAAAGACAUUCCGCAACGCUCUGGACAAACUUAUCAGUAGCGCUAUUUCGGCCUUGGACACCACCUACUUGAGAGCCUUAGCUACACAUCCGACCGGCAAUCCUGUCUUACAGUUACUUCUGCGUGUCGAACUCUCGGCAUCGGGCAAGAACAAGGCAGCAGAGGAGAACUCGGUCCUUCGAAAACUGCUCCCAGACCAAGAGCUGGAGGAAGAUUCGGAAAGUGCUAAAUUCAUCACUGGGCUGAUCUAUGAUCCAACUGGCUCACAUUUGGUCGAGAUUCUAGUCAAGCAACUUCCCGGCAAAGUAUUCAAGAAGCUGUACAAGAAUGUCUUGAAGCCACGACUCCGGAGCAUGUCUAAAAAUGAUACAGCAAGCUAUGUGGCAAUGAGGGUUCUUGAACGAUUUGGUAAAGACGACCUUUCGGAAGCGAAAAAGUUGAUCUUAGUCGAGCUGCCGGACCUCAUUUCUCGCCGAAGGACUGGCCUGAUUAGAGUACUGGUCGAGCGAUGUGCUUUGCGGGGCGUUGAUCUGCAAGAUAUGUCGGAUGUGAUCGGGUCAGAAUACAAGAGCGAUGGAGGGGAGUUUCUUCCUAAUCUUCUCGGCUUUAGGUCGACAGAGAUGCAGGAGCACAUUCAGGAUAACGAUGCGACCAAGGACGCAGAAACAUCGACACCCAAGGCUGAUGUACACGCCUCACUAUUGGCCCAGACAAUGCUUCAAACUCCAAAGACAUGCACCCUCGUACAGGACAGCCUGUUGGCGCUGGACACCAAAAUGCUGAUGGCAAUGGCACGAGAUCCAGUUUCCUCGCGCGUCGUCCAAUGUGCCCUGUCUCCGACAGAAUCCAACAUGCAUUUUAGACGAGAAUUUAUCCCUCGUUUCUACGGACACAUCGGCACUCUAGCGCAAGACCUUACUGGCUCUUAUGUGGCAGACGCCCUAUGGACAGCCACGGACGGGCUUCAUUUCAUGAAAGAGCGUCUAGCUGGAGAGCUCCUCACCAAUGAAAGCCAACUUCGAGAGUCGCCCUUUGGCCGAAAUGUUUGGAAGAACUGGGCAAUGGAUCUGUAUCAUCGACGGCCUGGGGAGUGGCGCGCUCUCGCAAAGGGGCUGGGGCAGAGUCACACACCCGCUGUGCCUCUGACGGAAGCUUCAGGGUCUGGGAGGAAGAAGACGCCAAUUGAACUUGCAAGAGAGAGGCAUUCCCGGAAGUCGAAUUCGCACAGCAUGAAGGGCAGUCAUGUUUCGGCGACAUCCGCGAACGCUGUUAUUCGAACAAAUGCCUAG